UGAAGCUACAGAUGACAUGACCAAAGUCAAAACAAUGGAUGAACUGAUGAGGAACAGCACUGAGAAUGUUAGCUGCCUAUUUACUGGAAAUCCUAAGUGCAACUUCACUACCAAGAGACCCUGAUGUUAUGUGAUCAUUCAGCAGAGUUUGCAAUAAUGGAAAACCAAAGGAAAACCAAAACUAGCUGCAUCUCAUAAACAAAAUUUUUCAAGAUUCAGCUGAAUCAAAAAAUUAUUCCAGCCAUGGGAGAAAAUGCAAGUUUUUGGGAAAGUCUGAUAUAUGCACAUCCUACGUGUACCACCUGGAAGCAAGAGGCAGAGGGAUCUAUCUACCACCUUGCCAGUAUUUUCUUUGUUGUGGGCUUCAUGGGUGGAAGUGGAUUCUUUGGGCUCCUCUACGUCUUCAGCUUGCUUGGACUGGGCUUUCUCUGCUCUUCUGUUUGGGCUUGGCUGGAUGUGUGUGCUGCUGAUAUAUUCUCCUGGAAUUUUGUGCUGUUCGCUAUAUGCUUCGUCCAGUUCGUUUACGUUACCUACCAAGUCCGGAGUGUUGCCUUUGACAGAGAAUUCCAGGAACUCUACAGUGCUCUCUUCCAGCCUCUGGGAAUUUCCUUGACUGUGUACAGGAAGAUUGUCUUGUGCUGUGAUGCAGAGGUGAUUACCCUGGAGAAGGAACAUUGCUAUGCCAUGCAGGGCAAAACGCCUAUUGACAAACUCUCCCUGCUUGUGUCAGGCAGGAUCAGAGUGACAGUUGAUGGGGAAUUUCUGCAUUAUAUUUUUCCUCUUCAAUUUCUGGACUCUCCUGAAUGGGAUUCACUGAGGCCCACAGAAGAGGGAAUUUUCCAGGUCACACUCACAGCAGAGACAGAUUGCCGCUACGUGGCCUGGAGGAGGAAGAAGCUGUACCUGCUGUUCGCUAAGCACCGCUUCAUCUCCCGCCUGUUCUCCAUUCUGAUCGGGAGCGACAUCGCCGAGAAACUGUACGCGCUGAACGACAGGGUGCACGUGGGGCAGGGCUUCAGGUACGACAUCCGCCUGCCCAACUUGUACCAGGCGGCGCUGGCCGAGGGCGCCCCGGCGCCGCCGUGCCCGAUCAUGUACCCUUUUGAUAAACAUCUACGUCAACCAUCUGUUAAACCUUGA